AUGAACUGGGGUAGCGCUUGCCCGGCCAGGUGCCGGUUAUCAUCUAGGCCACGCCUGUGUAAGACAGAGCAUGUGGAACUCGUUGUUCAAGAUGCAACCGUGUUCCUCCCGGAACAACCGGUGACCAGGAGGCUUGCUCCUGAUACGCCAGCUUGA